UUUGUCCAAAACAGAAAGGCUAAAUAGUACUGAGAGAGAUAUAGAUAGAGAGGAUCUAUUUUUGAAGAUAGAGACAAGCGUUUCGAGAAAGGCAAUUCAGUAAGCACAAGUCACGAGGGUAGAAGGAUGAGACCACAUUCCCUUCUUUGCCCAAACAAGUCGCCAAUGUCAGAUCCCAAAUCUCACUUGCUCUGCAAAUCAAGUUAAUCUUUUGUUAGCUUCGCUUCAUCAAACCACAUCCUGCACUUUUUCAAAGAAGAUGAAGAAACAUCCUUCAAUACCCACUUCACUUCUUCUUCCUGCUGUUGUUCUUAUGUUGUUUCUUGCUCCAAUCGUAACUCAAUCGGUUGCUCGGCCAGGCUUCGUCUACACCAGAACUAGAGGAAGAUGCACUCCACAGUAUUGGAGCAGCCGGCGAGAGGCGUGGCCGAGGAUGAUACCACAGGGAUCGUCGGUUUCAAAGGUUUUCGGAUCUAGAGCUUACGAGCGCUACCGAUACGAUCUGACGCUGUUGGAGGCGACGUCGAGGAAUGACGACGGAGAAAACGUGUAUGCUAGGCUUGUGAAGGAAUCGACGGCGGCGUUGAUCAACUCCUACACCAGGAAAGGGUACCCGUAUAGCGCUUGGGAGGUGAAAACCGCCGUGAUUCAGGGUAUAGUCUCCGACGAGGCCGCGGCGGUUCAAGCCCAACGGUUCUACGACGCCAACCGAGCUUGUAAUUAGUUCAUUUUAAAUUCUACUUUUUUAUUUUGUUUUUUGUUUUAUUUGUUUUUCUUUAACUAUAACUAUCUCGUAAAUUGCAAUUGUGGCCUUUUUCUUCUACCAUUUGCUUCCAUCAAAGUGUCAUCGACUCAAAGCUUAGACCAAAAUCGGAGAAUGUGAGUCAAAAUGGUUUGAUCGGACAAUAUAUCACGAAUAUUUUGCUAUUUCAGAAUAUACAUGAUAAGUCCUCAAAAUAAUGAAAAUAUAGUGAGAUAGAAAAUUAUUAUCAUUGUAUUAAGGCUCAAGAAGUGUUGUCAUACUUUCUAUAUUGUAAUAAGGCUUGAGGAGUG